GUAUUGACAGUUGAACAGUUUACAUGGUUUUGACCCAGGACAUUAUAGUUUUUGCCACUUUGACAGUCCCGUGAAUCGCGUCGCCCCUAGUAACGAGUUAGCCAUUGUUCUGAUUCAAAGAACGGAUCUGAUCGACUACCUUCAAAAGGAUCUGUGUACAUAAGAAUCAGAAUUGUCACUCAAAAGAGGUCUGCCAAAGAGUGAUUGCUAUUUCUCGAUUCUUUCAGAUCCCUCUAUUCAAUGAUAAUAAUUUACACGGAUUGAUCGUUAUAUCUACACCCAAAGGGCAGAGCAGACACAUUAUUUUCCUUGUUACCAUUUCUCGUGUUAUUUAUUUAACAUGGUGUACUGGUUACCAAAGAAGCGUUUUAUCAAAAGCAGGUAGCGUAUUGGUGAAAAAUGAAUAAAUGAGAUGACAGGUGUUUGACAAAAUCUAUCGAAGAACGUCUGGCAUUCGUAGCUCAACGUUGUAUGAUCAUCUACUCCGACAAAAGUCUUUUGUCAUCUUGCGUUCGAAAAGUACUCAUUAUUUGAAAUAUAGAGAAAUCAUGAACGCCCAGAGAUGCCGCUUGUUGGUUGUGGCUCUGUCUAUGGCUGCCCUUGUUUUCUGGUGUACUGGAGCGUUUUUCCUUUGGGCGGUAAAGGUUUCAGUUGUGACCUAUUUAGUCGUUUUUGGAAUCCUACCACUAAUUUUUCACUACUCCUACGCGAUACAAAAGAAAAUCUUAUUCCUCAACUUUGAUAUUUUGGUUGAUUCAGUAUACUGGCCUCGGAGUGUAGAUUUCGACAAGCCAGAAGAUUCAGGAGUUCACGGUGCCCGAAAUUUUUAUGUGAAGACAGAUGAACGGGUCUCUAUCGGAGCAUGGCAAAUAUUGCCACAGUCUUUGAUGAAUUCAUCGAUUCCUAAGACCAGUGAUGCUUAUGAAUCUGUACUGGAAAACUCAAAACGUCCAGUAUUCUUGUAUAUGCAUGGCAACAGUGGGAACAGAGCUAGUGCACACAGAACAGAAUUGUAUAGACUUUUUCAAAGUCUCGACUAUCACGUUGUGUGCUUCGACUAUCGAAGUUACGGCGACAGCGACGACGUUGAUCUCUCGGAGUCAGGGGUUGUUUCAGACAGCAAAUAUGUGCUGGAGUGGUUAAUCAAAAAAGUUAACGGUUCAGCACCGAUUUAUGUAUGGGGCCAUUCUUUGGGCACUGGAGUUGCAUCUCAUGUCUUAGCCCUGCUAGCAGCGGAAGGAGUCCAAAUUGCUGGUCUUUUUCUAGAAGCUCCCUUCAACAACAUUGCCGAUGAACUAAGCGAGCACCCAUUUGCACAAAUUUUCAAACAUUUGCCGUGGUUCCAUUGGUUGAUCGUUCAACCUUUCUAUGAAAAUGGCUUAAGAUUUGAAUCGGACAAACAUAUUCAGAAGAUUCAAUGCUCAAUUAUGAUUCUGCAUGCGCAUGACGAUGGAAUCAUACCCUUUGCCCUAGGAGAGAAGCUGUACAAUGUGGCGCUCGAUUUCCAUGGUAACCGAACACAACAAAUAGAAAUGGAACGUAUAGAUGCUGCCCUUGGACUUGGCCAUAAGUGGAUAUGUCGAUAUAAAAAGCUACCUGAAUUGAUGAGGAAAUUCGUCGAGAAAUCUAGUAAAACUCAAAGUUUAUGAACUGGUUGACCAAAGAAUGUAAAACUUAGUAUAAUUUUUCUACCAGGUACGUCCGGCCGCAAAAAGAUGCAAUACUCUUUCGACGGCACUCGAGCUUGAUAACAAAUUGUUGCACAAAAAUUGACUAAAAAAAAUUACUGCGUUUUAAAAGAAAACGGUUAGAUACUUUCAGUCAAUUUUUGACCCAGUACAUUUUCUUAUCGAACAAAAGUUUCGCUCAGGUUUCAAUGAACAAAUCGGAUAAUAUACAAAUGGUAGGUAGAUAGAUUGGUAGGUGAUACGAUAAUAAAUUUAUACCAAAAAUAAGAUCGCCAGUUUAAUGCUAAAAUUAAAUGGCUAAAUUCUCACAACGAGUUGGGGUGUGCAGUAUUACGAAAAAACUAUCGCUAUGCCCUAAGGGCUAGAUCUGUUCCUGGAAAUAUCUCUUAAUAAUAUUACUAAAUUUUCACGCUAUACCUUUGCAAAAAAUGUGUGUCUACAUCUAUUCUCAUCAAAUGAGUAAAUACCGAUUGAUUUGUAGUUCAGCACGUGGUCUCAAAGACGUUCUUCUGCAAUUUAGGAAAUUCAUUUACCUAGUACUUAACUAUAGGUUGAUGAGCACCGUGUGUCGAAAAUCGCUUUUGUGAAAUAUUCUAAUCACGUAGUAUUAUGAAGUUGCCGUAGUGCUACUGCUAGUGAAAGUUGAUUUAGUCGUCUUAUAUACUACGUAUUUUUGUACGUCGAUUAUUCCCUUUUGUACAACCACUCGUUCACCGUACGGAUAUUGAUAACGAUAUUAUAUUCCAAAGGCCUGCUACCGUUGAUGAUGUCUCCGAUGUUGUGGACAACCCCUUAAAAUCCUUUCUUUGUUAUCCAGCAAGUAGUUUUCUAUUUCCUCUCCCGUUAAGAUAUUUCCGAACUUUUCAAUAAGAGAGUGGCUUAUAAUGUAAAUGUUUAAGGUGAAAUAAAAGUCGUGUUCAUAA